CGUGGUUUACGUUGGCGUCCGGCGGUCUUUGAUAUUUUCGUCAAUGAAAUUCUUGAAGGAGAGUGGGAGGUGUUUAUAAUUUUUGUUUAUACUAUGUCAAUCGAUAUUCGAUAAAAGUCAGGUUCUUCAAUUCGUUCGUACGCUUUCUAGGGAGUACUUGUGAAAAAGUACUGAAUAAUUUAUUCGUUACCAACACGUAUUGGUGAUUUUCGUAUUAGUUAAAUUCUUCGUUUUCACUAUUAAAUUCGUUAGUUGCUGUUAAUUAAUUGUGACGCGAUUCAGCAGUGUUCCUUUCGUUGUAUUAUGUUCCAUUAGUAUAAUUGAUUUCGCUCGUAAGUUAUCAAUUUGAUUUAAACAUGAGUGACGAUAACAGCGAUUUAGAAGAUGAAUUCGAAGAUGCAUUGGAAGUGCAAACGCUGCCGAAUACGAUGGAUUUGAUGACCGCCAUCUCCGAGGGCAAGGUAGCCAUUCAUUACUUCUUCAAUAAUAAAUUCUACGAAGCUCAAGAAAUACUCAAACCAUGGGUUGGCCGCAGCAUGUACCAUACGGUCGGGAACGCGACGUUCAAUUUCUUAGAAGCUGUCUUGACCUUUGAACGGAAAAGUAUCGAAAGAGCUUCGUCUAGUUUAAAGCUGAGCAUACAACUUUGUAAUUACUACCGUAAGAAGAACACUUUCUCCGAAUCACUGGGUAAAAUGGUGAAAAAACCAAACUACGAUUUAUACACCCCGGAAGAAAUCCACGCCGAAUUAUGUUUCGCCGAAUCACUCCUGUUGAAAGCUCUACUCACUUUCAUCGAAGACGAAACACUGGUCAGCUUCAUCAGAGCAGGAUUGAAAAUCCGAUCUUGCUAUAAUUCCUAUAAAGAAUGCAAUACGAUAUUGAAUAGUCGAACGUGGGGUGACGACGAACCCCACAAAGUGCAUUUCGAAAGCGGAGUAAGAAUCGGUAUUGGAUUAUUUAAUUUGAUGAUAUCGUUACUCCCCGGUCGCGUGAUUAAAUUAUUAGAAUUUAUCGGAUUCUCCGGUAGUAAGGAAAAAGGUCUCAGUGAGCUGUUUCUGUGCUACAACUUGAAAUCCGGACUCAUGCACGUACUUUCCGUUCUAGCCUUAUUGGCGUAUAAUUUAAUAAUCAAGUAUUUCGUCAGUCAAGAAGAAGGCGAUUUAGAAUUUUGCGACAAAGUGCUGAAUAAUCAAUUGACAUUGUACCCGGAAGGCGCCUGGUUCUUGUACUUCAAGGGACGCUUAGAACUCAUUCAAGGUAACAUCAAAGAUUCCAUCAUCUGGUACAUCAAAUCGUGGAAAUCCCAAGACGUUUGGCCCCAAUUCCAUCACAUUUGCUUUUGGGAAUUAACCUGGGCCAAUUGUAUGCUGGGUGAUUGGAAAGAAGCCGACGUGUACGCCUCGUAUUUAUUAAAAGAAAGCAAAUGGUCGAGAACGAUUUAUAGUUACCAAAAAGCUUCGAUCAUGUUGAUGAAUAACGAAGAAGACCUUACCGACGAUGACCUAAGCACUAUUACUAGUCUGAUGUGUAACGUUCCCAAAUGGAAGCAGCGUAUCGCUGGCAAAUCUUUACCUAUGGAGAAAUUCGCCAUCAAGAAAGCCGAGAGAUUCGCUUCGCAAAAUAAUCACCUAGUUUUACCGGCUCUCGAGUUACUCUACAUUUGGAAUUAUUUCAAAAUCAUCUCGAAAAAAUGGGAAUUAUGCGAUAAUGUAUAUCGUAUUAUAGACAAAUGCUAUAAAAAUUUCCAACAAAACCCCGAUCAGUUUGGCAAACAGUAUGCGAGCGAUAACAAUGCGCUUAUAUUGCUGCUGAAAGGCUCCUGCUUGAGGCAUAUGGGUAAACCUUUGCAAGCCGAACAAUGCUUCAAAGAUAUCAUAUCGAUGGAAAAGAAUAUUAAAUAUGAUACCUACAUAGUUCCUUUCUCACUCUUCGAGUUAGCCUUAAUUUAUAAAUCCAAAGGAAAUUUCGAAAAAGCUGCGGAAAUUUUAGAAGACGCUAAGAAAAAUUAUUCCGGGUAUUCCUUAGACACGCGCUUACAUUUCCUCGUGCACUCCGAGUUGACGGAAAUUAAUAAUCAGAAAAACAGAUAUAAUGUCACAUAGUAAUCGAAUCACCUAUUACCGACUAAUUUGCUGAUGGAAUGGUUUGGGUUUUUUCGAAGAUAAUGGCUAAAUGAUUUGAUGUUUUGCUAACUACACAUUUAAUGUACGAUGAACAGAGUUAAAUUGUCCGCAAGUAUAUUUACAUGUUUUAUUCUUCUAUAAUGUGAUAUAGCUUACAAUUCAGUUGAUUUCAUUACUCGUUACUGGUUUUUUUUUGUGUGUUUUCCUUUUAUUUUAUUAUUGUUUUUGUUUGUGUUUUUUUUUCUAUUCUAUUGUAAAUAACAACUUUAUACCUAUUGAAACAAUGUAAAGUGUAGUCCAGCGUACGAGGUCGUUGUACGUCUACAUUACCAUGUAAUAAUGAUUUAUCUACCUACUGUACAACCUGCAGUGUAAUAGUUACACGCUGAAUACUCGUAAAUACGAGGAAAAAAAACUGCGUGUAUUUUAUUAGGUUACCUUUAUACAUUGUAGGCAAACGAAUUAUAUUAAACGAUGCAUAUUGAUUGAUAUUCCUAUUCGGUCUUAGGGAAAUGAUAAUUUAAUUUGGCGGGUUUAUCGAAUGAUAGUGAUACAACACAGCUGUGAUUUAAUGGGAUUUUGAUUAGGAUUAAUUUUUUUUAAACAUGGGAAAUAUUGUGGAGAUCAGGAGUUGACUGAUUUGAAGCGAGAAAGCAAUUUUGAAAGUUUUUAAAUACCUUACCUGAUCUUUUUUGAGAAAUACUUUUGUUGGUUGGUUUUCGUUACUGAAUUUGAAAAUUGUAAUUCGUUUUUAAUAUGUUUUUACGUAAAAAAAAUUAAUACUUUCUUAGUUUUUUUUUUCUAAUGUAUUUCUGUAUUUAUUUACAUAGGUACCUAGUUUUUUAUACGUACUUUUAUGUACGUUUCAAAAUGUUUUUUUCGCUGUUUUCGUUCUAUUUCGGUUUUACUAUGUAGCGCGUAAUUGGUUGAAAUUUUUUUUAAAAAGCACGUAGUAAAUUUAGUCUAGUCUUUAAUUCGCUUGUUAUUUUUUUUUUCUUUGUCGAACGAUUGAUAAAUAUUUACGUAUUAUUUUUUUGGCUUCUAUUUCCAUUUUUCGACAAUGUGUUGUAAUCUCUUUUAAUAGAGUCUAUAUCGCUGUUCCCGCGAAAUCAUUUAUCGAUGACUAAGUAAAUAAACGGAACAGACAAACUUUCAUUUAUGUGUAAAAAUCUCUUACAAAAUGGGCAUUCUGGCUCAUUUCCUCUAAACCAAAAAUUUUCCAAAUCAAAGAAUUAUUCGUUUAAUCACAUGGCAUUUUUUUUACUCACGCUACUGCCUUCCACCCCCUUCUCCCAGCUUGAGACGUUAUAAUAGCACGAAAUAAUGGGACCAAAAGUACGUGCGACGCGUUUUGAAAAAAUUUUAAGCAAUUUAAAUGGCAUUUCAUCAAAGCUUUUAUCCAAGUUUAUUUAUCUCGAUUCGAUUUUAUCUUCAUAUCAAUACAAUUUGUUUGAUUUUUUAGCUUGGUAUUUUUUAAUAUCGCAAAUGAACACCAAAACAGUAACUUACAGACUGUCUCAAUUCUUUUUUUUACAUUUUCUUCGUUUUUUUUUUUAUUUAUUUAUUUCGAUUGUGGUAUUUUCUUAGCAAAUAACCGGGUAAUUAUUGUCUGACUGGGUAAAACUCGAUAGAAUCAUUUUCAGCGUUGUGGUUUCCAAAAGCUAUUUCCUUUCGAAGUGUUUUUUUUUUCGUCGUCUACGAGUAUAAAAUCGAUCUGAAUCAUUGAUUUCCAGCAUCAUGAGUGGGGGUUUCCUGUACUGGAUUUUUUUUUUAAAAAUAAACCACGAAACAAUUUGAAGUAAACCGAUAAGAAAUCCUGUCCGAUACACGGGUGUAAUUUGUGGUAUAAAUUGACCAUAGUGAUAAAAAUUUGCUAGAUAAUUUGCCCACUUCAAAUAGGUUUCCAAUUAGCACCGUUAUACUCGUAGCUUGAGAGAGAUUACGAUUCUCAAUGCAUGGAAAAUGAUUUCAUCGUGGUUUUACCUUCGUCGCUAAAUCGUCGGUCAGCGAUGAUGCAGUCGAUCGUAUCGGGUAUUUUUUCAACAAUAAGAAAGGAAAAAAUAAUAUUAUAUCUAUACCUAGGUAAAAAUGGCUUCAGCUAUUGAACAAAAUUGAUAAAAUUGUCGUAACACAUUCCAUGUGGAUAUUUUCCUUAUUAAUACUACAUAUAUUUACCUAUAUGUGGAAAAGUAGUUUGUAUUACCUAUAGAUACAUUUUGUAUUCUAGUCACUAUAAUAUACCUCUCGUAGUAUAUUUGAUACCAACAUUGAUGGUUUCGGAUUUGGAAAAACCACAGUGCCGCCACGCGCCUGGCGCUGAGCACUAACCGCGAAGAAAAAUAUUUUUUCUAUUAUUUAUUUUAGUAUAUAAAAAUUCUAUUCAUACCAAUAUUUGAUCGUAUAAGUUUUUAUUGUUAUAUCGUUAUUUGUUCUUAUUUACCAUGUGAAUAAAAUGGUGUGAAAAUCGAA